UUUUCCUACGUGGAAUAUUUAUUGCAGAAUUUUUUUUCAAACUUUUAGAAAAUUUACCAAAAAAGCAUUGAAAAUCAGUGUAGUUGUAAUUCUAUUUCUCAAUGACAUCCUGUUAGUUUACACUUUAUAUCAGGACAAGGUUGUUGUUGUUUGUUCGUUUAUUUGAGGCAACUUUAACCUUCUUGGUCAUUCGCUGCCCAUCAGGGCAAGGAAUUGGGAACCACAAUGUCCACCAGCGACACGAUCGAGGACGGCGAAGUGCAGGAGCUUCUGAAAACGACGGGAACCGACCUGCGCCAGUACUCGGCCCAGAUCGAGAAGGAGUUCAAGGAGGUGGAGAAUCGUUCGAUUGAGGAUUAUAUCGCGCAGAGCCAGAAUAUCGCAAAUCUGCACAACCAGAUUGGAACCACUUCGAACAUACUGGAGCGGAUGGAGGCUGGGCUGAUGGAGAUUCAAAGUGCGCUGAAUAACAUUAGCACGGAAAUUACGACGCUGCAGAAGAAAUCCGUUUCGAUGUCGGUUCAGUUGACGAACAGGCAGUCGAUUCGUGCGCAGUUGUCGCAGUUUAUUGAGGAUAUGGCCGUUCCGGAGGAGAUGAUACAGACCAUAAUGGAGGUUCCGGUAACGGAGAAGGAGUUUUUGACGCACUUGAUGGAGCUUAACCAUAAGUUGAAUCUGAUGAAGGAGUUGAACUUUAAAGAGUCGAAAUCUUCGCAGGACAUCUCCGAGGUCCUUUUUAAGCUGAAGAUCAAAGCGAUGAGCAAGCUGCGGGUGUAUUGCAUGGAACAGAUUUACAAGUUCCGCAAACCGAUGACCAACUACCAGAUCCCGCAGAACGCGAUGCUAAAGUUUAAGUUUUUCUUCGAGUUUAUAUUGUCGAAUGAACGUGGCGUGGCGCAGGAUAUCUGCAACGAGUACAUUGACACGAUGGGCAAGAUUUACUACAGCUACUUCAAGAGCUACUCGACGCGGCUGGCCGCGCUCAAGUUCGAGGAGGCCGUCUCGAAGGACGAUCUGAUGGGGCUGGAGGACACGGUUACGAGGAGCAUCUUUUCCAAGACCAGCUCGCUGAAGAACAAGAGCACCGUGUUUUCGAUUGGGGACCGCGGGGACGUACUUAACCAGCAGCUGGAGGCACCGAUAAUCGUGCCACACGCGCAGCAAAAGACGCGCUAUCCGUACGAGUCGCUGUUCCGGUCGGAGCAGUACGCCCUCGUGGACAAUGCCUGCCGGGAGUAUCUGUUUGUGACGGAGUUCUUCAUCGUGCGCGGACCGCAGGCGCAAGAGCUGUUUAACCAGAUUAUGGGCAAGACGAUGACGAUGCUGAUUAAAAACCUAGAAACUUACGUCCAGGAUUGUUACGACACGAUUGCCCUCUUUCUCUGCAUCCAACUUUGUCUCCGCUAUCAACUGAUGUGCCACAAACGGUGCGUUCCGGCGUUGGACAAGUAUUGGGACAACCUCCAGGCGGUCAUUUGGCCUCGCUUUGAGCAGGUCUUCCGUAUGAACAUCCAAAGCAUCCAGGAGUGCGAUCCGACCAAAUUCCCCAAAGAAACUGGACCGCAUUACAUCACCCGCCGCUACGCGGAAUUCUCCGCGGCCAUCGUCGGAAUCUCCGAAAACUUUCCGAACGAGCUGGUCAGCCACCUGCUGCUGGAACUGCAGGAAGAGGUCAAGUGUUUCAUGCUGCGAAUGGCUGCAAUUUUCACCACCCGAAAGGAGCAGCUGAUCUAUCUGAUUAACAACUACGACCUGGUGCUGGGAGUCCUCAUGGAACGCACCCGGGACAAUUCCAAGGAAGCGGAAGCCUUCCGCGAGCUGCUGAGCACGCGCAGUUCCGAGUACGUGGAGGAAAUCCUGGCGCCCCACCUCGGCGGAAUCAUCCAGUACGUCAAGGACUGCGAGCAGCUGCUGGAGAGGGAACAAACGGACGAGUUCAAACGGCAGGAGCGCCGAUCGCUCCAGCUCGUGGCCAGCUUCUCCGUCAACUGGAAAAAAUCCCUCGAGGAGCUGAACCGCGAGGUGUUUCUCUCAUUCCCGUCGCUGGUGACCGGCUCGCAGCUGCUGCAACUCGCGCUCGCCCAACUCGUGCAGUAUUAUCACAAGUUCUACAAACUGCUCACGCCCAGCGCCCGCGCACAGCUCGUCAACAUUCACGUGAUCAUGAUCGAAAUCAAAAAGUAUAAGAGUAACUAUUAAGCGAGGGACGUUCGGAAGUACUUUAAGAAGCGAAUGCAGCAUCUUAGUGUAGUAAGUGAUGACCAUUUAAUAUAUAACCGAUGUCACAGAAAGG